AUGGAAAGCAGUGCGGACGGCGCGACGGCAGCGCCCGCCGUGGCAGCUCAUGUGUUACCCGUGAGCGACUUCCAGCGCUACCUUCUGGCCACUUGUAUACCGCUCUUUGGUCAAGACUCGGCGCCCUCAGUGGCUACUUUCAAGGCCGACCUCCACAAUGCGGAAACGACCAUCACUCUCGAGCAAUUUGUCUCUGAUUCGGCAACACGCGUGCUGCAGGUGCACUGCUGUCCAGUGCGUACCCAAGACCAGGACGUUGCAGUGGACGCGUUGACGUACGGCGUGCGCGUGAACUUGGGCAUCGAGUACGUGCCUGGCAAGAAGAGCGGCGACGACGCGGUGUGUUUUAUCAAGCGCUUUAGUGCCCCAUUGGCGAAGGACCAGACGCUAAGUCAUCAGCUGCAAGUGAUGACGCUGGGUCUCGGCUCAAAGGCGAAGGGAGGAGACAAGGCGGACGCAGACACAGCCACGAGCAGUAGUGGGGAGACCGCAGAGGAGAAACCCAAUGACAGUGGCAAUCUACUUAGUGUCGUGUACAAUUACGUGCACCAAUCGUUCUCGCCACUGAUGAUUGAGUACUCCAAGGUGCACCAGCCUCAAAGUGAGACAAGCAACGUGAGUGAAGGCACGAGAGGAUUGCCAGCUAUUCGCCGGAGGAUGAAGGAGCUCGAGUUGGCCUUGCUCCAGUAUCAGCAGAAUAUCGAGAUUCCUGAAGUAAACUUGGUCUUUCACCCAGUGAUUCAACAAGCUGCUGAUCUGGUGCGCGAGAAAAGCGUGCCGAUCGAUGUGGAAGCACUUGGUCUUGCAGAAAAAGUGGAUGAUUUAGUUUUUGUGAAUACUCUGCAGGGAGGAGUCAGUAAGUGGAUUAAGGAAAUCCAGAAAGUCACGAGGCUGAUACAUGAGCCGCUACCUGGCACGGCAAUGCAGGAAAUCAAUUUUUGGUGCGAUUUGAAUCGCGCGCUGCUUGCUGUCCAGGAGAAGCUUGAAUCACCAGAAGUAGAGAUUACGCUUGCGAUGCUGCAACGGGCAAAGCGUUAUUUGGCCACUGUAACGUUCAGCGCUGACCAUGGUCUUGGCACAGCCAUUCAGGUCGUAUCCAGUAUCAUGACCCUAAUGAAAGAUUUCCCGAUGCACUCCAUUUUGUCAGCCACGGAUAUCAACCAGCUUAAUCAAGGGGUAACUCUUGUCUUUACGCACCUGAAAAAAGUACGUGUAGCCGACUCUUAUAAUUUGGUGCGGCUACUACAUUUCAUGGAAGUGGUAUCGAGCGACCUGACGCAGCAGGUUGUCAGUUUGCUGCGCGUGUACAGCCUUAUUCAAGUUCCAUUCAAGCAGUUCGUCCAACUGCUCUCUUCUUGUAAGGAGCUUUUCUCGAACUGGCACCGCCAGAUUACAGCACUCUACGAUCUUACAAAGGAGCUUUUUAAGCGACGAGGCGGGUCGAUCAGUGCUGGGAGGCUUCCGUUGCUCGCAGAGUUGCAGAUGGAGCAUGUUGCAAUUGAAGAGCGUUUGCUGGAAUUGUAUGAGUUCCGCGAGCAGCACGAAAAACUACGUGAUGUGAUCCAGAGGGUGCUGGGCGCUCCGAACGCUAUUGGGCUCGAUGGUCCACGCGUAAGUGAUGGCACGAACGAUGCACUCACUGAAAUCGAUUCGGCCUACUUUCAAUUGAAUUCGCUGGAUCCUCUUGAUAUCUCGGGUGAAGGUGUGACUGCGUGGAAGAACCUGCGCAAGGCGUACGAUUUGUGUAUUGAUCGCGUUGAAGGCCGUAUUAUUAGCAGUCUUACUAGCCGACUGAGUGCUACGUCGAACGCUGAUGAAAUGUUUCGUGUGUUUUCUAAGUACAACGCACUAUUCUUCCGUCCUCGUAUUCGCAGCGCCGUCCAGCAAUUCCAGAUGCAGCUGAUUGAAAAUGUUAAAGAGGAUGUGAGCAACCUACAAGCUAAGUUCCGUUCCCACUAUGCCUACUCGGAGGCGUCUCGCACUAGCAAACUGCGUGACAUUCCUCCCAUUGCUGGUGCUGUGAUGUGGGCGAAGCAAAUAGAGCGCAAGCUCAAAAUGCUACUGUCACGUGUCGAGAGUGUACUAGGUGUAGGCUGGGAACAACAUGUGGAAGGCAAGGCACUAAAAUCGGCGGCCGAAGCAUUUAUUGCAAAGUUAAACCCGCAGCUUAUAUUCGAUCAGUGGGUGAAUGAUUUGGCGUCAAUGCCGAUUUUUGACACCAAAAAUAUCGUCCUAAACAUUGUCACGGAAGGCACGCCACAAGGCGAAAGGAAGAAAUUGGUAGUAGCGUUCAACCAGCAGAUCGUGACGUUGUUCAAAGAAGUGCGUAACCUGGAAUGGCUUGGCUACCGAGUGCCUUUCACGCUUAAAAUGAUUGCCGAAGAUGCGAAGUCGAAAUACCCGUAUGCAACGUCGCUGGAUGCCAGUAUUAAGACGUAUAUGCGCUCGUGUCGAAACAUCCAGCCAGUCUUUGAAGCCUUGACAGCUGCAUAUAUUCGUGAUGUCCGUGCUACUGUUGGAAAAACGUUCUCGAAGGGCAAUGAAAUGCGAUGGCACGCAGACGGUCUGGGCGAAUAUGUCACAGACCUUGCCACAAAAGUAGAGUGCCUGCACGACAAAGUGGAUAACUUAUCGCAGAAGUUGACUGACAUUGACACGCUUCUGGAUAGCAUCCGGAAUAACUCAGACUUCCAGGCCGCUGAAGCUCGAGCGGUCUUGGUGAAAGUUCAAAUGCAUGUCGACGAGCUGAGCUUGGCCGGAUAUGCAAAUUUGCACGUGUUUGUUAAAAACAUAAAUGAUAUGAUAAGUGAGAUUCUGGGCGAAAAGCUCGGCGUUCUAUUGCAGCGUUGGAUUGCCUGCUUUGAUCCCGAGCAUGAUGAAAAGUCGUUUCAAGCGACUCUUGUCGAGGCCGGGCUUACUUUAUCGACUCAUCAGAUUCUGCUCAAAAAUCAAGUGCUGUAUUUGGAGCCUUCAGUUUGUGAUGCUCGUCGGGAUUGGUUGGCGCGGCUUCAAGACUUGCUGAAUUCUGUGUGCGACUUGCCUAAGAUUCAAACAUCCUCGUAUGAUAACUUGUAUGGAAAGUCGACGGUAGCUGCUACAUUGUCACCGCCCCGCGAGAGUGCUAGUUCUAGGCGGCGAGAUGCUGUGUUCAAGGAAGCUUUAAAGCAAGUAUCGUUGGAUCUGGUCACAAAAGCAUACAGUGUGCUGGAUGUCACGGUAAGCGAUGUGGACAAAUAUGCGUCAACUUGGCUUCAGUAUCAAGCAUUGUGGGAUAUGGACGCCCAUACUGCCUUAAGUAGCGUCGGAGAGGACGUCCUGAAAUGGCAACAGAUUUUGAUCGAGAUUAAGAAUGAGCGCAACGCAUUCGAUGCAGUCUUUCACACGAAACGGUUUGGUCCCGUGGUGGUCAAUUACCAACAAGUGCAAGCUCAGGUGAAUGUGAAGUAUGAUGCUUGGCACAAUGACUUCUUGGCGUACUUUGGUGAUCUGCUACGUGAUCAAAUUAAUUCGUUCUAUUCGACGAUUUCAUCGAAGCGGACGCUACUGGAGCAGCACGCACUCGAAGCUGCAACCGCACAAGUCGUUGCCGCAAUUACUCUGAUCCAAGAACUGCGUCAGAUGCGUUUCCAGUGGGAAGAAGCUGUGGAGUCAUUCGUACAGGGGGAGCGCUUGCUGAAAAAGCAGCGAUACAGAUUCUCAGUGGACUGGCCGUCGCUUGCAAACGUGGAAGGAGAAUGGGAAGCAUUUAUUCAGUUGCUAGAGCGCAAGACCCUCGCGAUGGAAAGUCAGCUCCCGCAACUUCAGGCAAAAAUAAUGGAAGAGAAGAGCGCGCUGGACGGUAAAAUUGCAAAGGCUGUGGCCGAAUGGGACAAUGCGAAGCCAUUACAAGGUGACCAAUCUCCUAGAGUGGCCACAGAAUCACUCAUUGUCUAUGACAGUCGGUUCAAAUUACUAUGCGCUGAACAGAACAAGACGAAUGCCGCACUGGACGCUUUGAAUAUGUCCUAUGUAUCAGGUAUGGGAGGUUCUUCAAUUGAUGACAACCGCAGUUCGAGUAAUGAUCUUUCAAGAGCCAUGGAGGAACUCUAUGGUCUAGAUGAGGUCUGGAAGAGCAUAUCUAAGGUUUGGAUUCAUGUUGAUGAGCUGCAAGAUACGCUAUGGUCCGCGGUCCACCCCCGCAAAGUCCGGAAACAGCUCGAUGAGAUUGUUGAUGAAAUGCGCCGCUUUCCUUCUCGAGUGCAACAGUACGAAGCUUUUGAGCAUUACGUAUCGGUCAUCCAGUUUCGUAAGUCGAUGAAUUCUGUGCUUUCGGAAUUAAAGUCAGACGCUAUUCGGGAUCGGCACUGGAAACAGAUCCUGCAGCUGCUUGACAUAUCAUCCCCGUUCACGGAAUUAACCUUACGCAGUUUUUGGGAAUCUAGGGUCUCUGCCAAUGACGAAAAGCUUACGUCGGUCAUUCGUACGGCCCAAGGCGAAAUGGCACUCGAUGAAUUCUUGCGUCAGGUGUCAGACUACUGGACCAACUAUCAGCUUGAACUGGUCAACUAUCAAAAUCGUUGCCGAGUCAUUCGUGGCUGGGACGAGAUUUUUGCGAAACUUGAUGAGCACCUCAAUAGUCUGAGCAGCAUGAAGCAGUCGCCGCACUACCGCGUGUUCGCUGAGCUAGCUACCAGCUGGGAAGACAAACUAACAAAGAUUCGUAGUAUUCUAGACUUCUGGAUUGAUGUCCAAAGACGCUGGGUGUAUCUAGAAGGCAUCUUUUUUGGGUCGGCGGACAUCAAGCAGCAGUUGCCAAAAGAGUUCGCUCGUUUUCAAAGCGUUGAUAACGAGUUCACUUCGACAAUGAAGCGCGUCGCGCACAAGCCAAUGAUUGUAGAUGUUGCCAACAUCCCGAAUUUGUACCAUUCGUUGGAACGUCAGCAAGACAUGAUGGGCAACGUCCAGCGCGCUCUCGGUGAAUAUUUAGAGCGCCAACGAGCUGCAUUUCCUCGCUUCUACUUUGUAGGUGACGAAGACUUGCUGGAGAUGAUUGGCAACAGUAAAGAGCCGAUGCAAAUUCAGCGUCAUCUUUCGAAGAUGUUUGCUGGCAUAUCCUCGUUAGAAAUGGACAGCAGCGCCAACAUUAUUAUGGGAAUGGUGUCGCGAGAAGGUGAGGUCGUACGGUUCAAGGAACCAAUUAUGACAGCAGACGAUACGCGCAUCGAUGUUUGGCUCGGCAAGGUAGAGAGACAAAUGCGUACAACUCUAUCGUUUCUUUUAGAGCAAGCUGUGUGCUCUUACCCGACAAACGACUGUGCCGAUUCGUAUUCGGGGUGGGUAUCAGAAUAUCCAGCUCAAGUGGUUAUUCUUGCCACUCAGGUGCAAUGGUCAGGCGAAGUUGAAAGCGCUUUGAAGGCUGAUGGGUGUAAUUUAUCGUUGCUUCUUGAGCAGUUAGAUAAGCUGUUACUCGUCUUAAGCGAGCGCGUUCUAACGGAUGUGAAGAACGACGAACGGAAAAAGUAUGAACAGCUGAUUACUGAAUUAGUGCAUCAGAAGAGCGUCACUAAGCGCUUGUGUCAGGCCGGGGUCAGUGGCAUCGAGGACUUUCGUUGGCUAUACCACAUGCGGCACUAUUUUCAAACAAAUGAAUCGGAUCCACUCAAGAAGCUUACGAUCCGGUUAUCAAAUGCAAGCUUUGCUUACGGGUUCGAGUACUUCGGUGUUGGAGAGCGACUCGUGCAAACUCCUCUUACAGAACGUUGCUACCUAACACUAACUCAGGCAUUGGACUUUGGAAUGGGUGGAAAUCCAUUUGGUCCUGCCGGGACGGGCAAAACAGAGUCAGUCAAAGCCCUGGGAUCCUACCUUGGCCGCUUUGUGCUGGUGUUCAACUGUGAUGAGCAUUUUGAUUUUCAAGCGAUGGGACGGAUAUUUGUAGGCCUGUGUCAAGUUGGCGCUUGGGGCUGCUUCGAUGAGUUCAAUCGCCUCGAAGAGCGUGUGCUUUCUGCUGUGUCCCAGCAAAUUCUGGCUAUCCAAAGCGGUGUGUCAUCACUAAAGGGUGAGAAGGCGUCUAAUAGCUCGCCUGCAUCAAGGAGUGGAAGCAUUUCAAGUACUUCGAUUGAACUGCUUGGUAAAAGCGUCAAGUUGAAUCCCGAUGUGGGAAUUUUUGUGACAAUGAACCCAGGCUACGCUGGGAGGUCGAAUCUACCCGAUAACCUAAAACAAUUGUUCCGCAGCAUCGCAAUGGUUGCUCCGGAUCGCGAGCUGAUCGCGCAAGUGAUGCUGUUUUCUCAAGGCAUUACUACUGCUGAGCAAAUCUCUGCAAAAGUCGUACUAUUGUUCAACCUGUGCGAAGAUCAGCUUUCGAAGCAGCCUCACUAUGAUUUUGGUCUUCGCGCGUUGAAGAGUGUACUUGUGAGUGCUGGUCAGCUCAAACGAAAGAUCAGCCAGGCACAAGAUCGUUCAAGGCUAGCAAACAUUGAGGAGGUUGAAAAGAAGGCGCUGAUCGGCUCGAUCACUGAUACGAUUUUACCCAAGUUGGUUUCAAAUGACGUUCCUGUGUUUGAGACAUUGCUACAGGGAGUAUUCCCAGGUACCGAGGCUCACUGCAGUGAAGAAAAUACUCUUCGUACAAAGAUCGUGGAGCUGGCAAAGAAAAGCAACUAUGUUGCAACUAAGCAAUGGGUAGAAAAGGCGUUGCAGCUUUACCAGGUCAUGCACCUCCGCCACGGCGUAAUGCUUGUUGGCGCGUCCGGGACAGGGAAAUCGAGUGCGUGGCGCGUGCUGAUGGACGCUAUGGGACUUGUUGAUGGUGUCAAGGGUGAAGCAUACGUAAUUGACCCGAAGGCUCUAUCAAAAGAACACCUCUACGGUAUCCUCGAUAACACGACGCUAGAGUGGACGGACGGUGUGUUUACUUAUUUACUGCGUCAAGUGCUCAACAGCGUGAGAGGUGAAAGUGAAAAGCGUCACUGGAUCAUAUUUGAUGGCGAUGUAGACCCUGAAUGGGCUGAAAACUUGAAUUCUGUGCUAGACGAUAACCGACUGCUGACUCUUCCGUCCGGGGAACGUCUUGAGAUUCCGUCAAAUGUGUGGAUUGUGAUGGAAACAGAGACACUGCGGUACGCGACACUGGCGACUGUGAGUCGCUGUGGUAUGGUGUGGUUUUCACACGAUACAGUCAAGACCUGCCAUAUCGUCGAGCACUAUCUGCUGAAAAUGCGGGAUGACGUAUCUGUCGUUUCUUCAUUCUCCUUUCAGCCUAGCGAGAGUGAGCUGGCAACGAAGACUGCUCAUACCUACGUUGCUCUUCUCCGAGGUUUGAUUGAUCGUGGAGAUAGCAUGCCUUCGCUGAUCGAGAUUUGUUUAGAGCAGGCAAUGGGCCAGGCACACAUUAUGGAAGUCACAGCGCUGCGCCUACUGAUGUCAAUGUUUACGUUACUCGGACGAGGUUUGUCUCGUAUAAAUGAGUACAACGAAGGUCACUCCGAUUUCCCAAUGACAGAUGAUCAGAUGUCCCGCUUUGUACCGAAAUGGUUUGUGUUCUCGGUUCUGUGGGGUUUUGGAGGCUCCAUGGACUCUGCGAAUCGCAUUGACCUAUGUAAUUUCGUGGUGCAAACGCUUGAAAAUCGCUUGACAUUUCCCACGUCUGGGUCGUCGAGCCCAGACAAUAGUCUGCUUGAAUAUGAAGUUGAUAUCGGUGACGGCAAAUGGCGUCAGUGGUUGCGAUCAAUUCCCCAGCUAGACCUUGAGAGUCACCAAGUGUUGGCGACAGAUGUCGUAGUAACCACAGUGGAUACAAUACGUCAUGUUGAAGUGCUGCGGGGAUGGCUUUCGCAGCAUCGACCGCUCAUUCUUUGUGGCCCUCCCGGUAGUGGUAAGACGAUGACUUUGACCUCAACGAUUAACUCGCUUCCUGAGUUCGAAUUCGCAAGCCUCAAUUUCUCGUCUGGAACUUCACCUGAGCUCAUUUUGAAAACAUUCUCUCAGUAUUGUGAGUACAAGCGCACCUCAAAUGGAAUGCUGCUAGCGCCAAAGGCACCAGAGAAAUGGCUUGUUGUGUUCUGUGAUGAAAUCAAUCUACCAGAGGCUGAUCGAUACGGAACGCAGCGUGUGAUUACGUUCUUGAGGCAAUUAAUCGAGCAAAGCGGGUUUUGGUUAGGUGGCAAGAACACGUGGGUGCGGCUGGAGCGGAUCCAGUUUGUUGGUGCUUGUAAUCCACCAACAGAUCCAGGACGCGUCCCAAUUUCACCGCGUCUACUACGCCAUGCACCUAUUCUCUUGGUUGAUUUCCCGUCUUAUCCUUCACUAAAGCAAAUCUAUGGAACAUUUAAUCGUGCUUUGUUAAAGCUGACACCGUCGCUUCGAUCCUAUGUGGAGCCGCUUACCAAUGCAAUGGUUGAUGUGUACGAUAGCAACCAAAAGCAGUACACGGCCGAGAUGCAGCCACAUUACAUCUACAGCCCUCGAGAGCUAUCAAGAUGGAUGCGUGCUCUAUACGAAGCCAUUGAGCCACUGGAGUACGAAAUAGACAUCGAAACACUGGUAAAAUUGGUGUUUCAUGAGGCAUUACGACUUUUCAUGGAUCGUUUGGUGACGUCUGAGGAGCAAAAAUGGUGCUUUCAUAUGGUCAAGGAGACUCUGAGAAACUACUUCCCUCAAAGCGCCACAUCUCUAGAGGUGGUCGAAUAUGGUGGUCAACACUCUAUCUUGUUCAGUACGUGGCUAUCGAAAAACUACGCUGAAGUCACAACGGCUUUUCUGCGCAAACAUAUUGAAGCCCGCUUGCGCGUCUUCUACGAGGAAGAACUUAACGUUCAGCUCGUAGUUUUUGACUCUGUGAUCGACCAUGUCCUCCGGAUCGAUCGCGUUCUCCGCCAACCCCUUGGACACUUGCUACUCGUUGGCGAAAGUGGUGCGGGAAAGACUGUCCUGUCUCGCUUCGUUAGUUGGAUGAAUGGAAUGUCUGUGUUCCAAAUUAAACUCACGUCAAAUUAUACAUUGGACAACUUCGAUGAUGAUCUGCGCAUUGUGCUGAAGCGAUGUGGUUGCGAAGCUGAAAAAAUAUGCUUCAUCUUCGACGAGUCAAAUGUGCUUGAUUCGGCUUUCUUGGAACGUAUGAAUGCGCUACUGGCAUCCGGUGAAGUGCCAGGUCUGUUUGAAGACGAUGAAUACUCGUCACUCAUGCAUGCUUGUCGUGAAGCUGUGCAGCGCGAUGGAGUGAUUAUAGAAAAUACCGAAGACGAGCUGUUCCGGUACUUCACCAAGCAAGUGCAACGCAACUUGCAUGUUGUGUUCACGAUGAAUCCGGCUUCAGGCGGCUUCCAAAACCGUACUAAUACAUCCCCCGCCCUCUUUAACCGAUGCGUGGUUGACUGGUUCGGUACUUGGAAUGAUCACGCACUCGCACAGGUGGCGUUUGAGUUUACAAACACACUAGAUCUUGCUGGGUCUACGGACUUUGUCAUUCCAGAUGAUGCCGUAGAUGUCCUGGCGAAAUUAAGCCCGCACAUCGCUACAGGCACUUUUCGUGAUGUACUGGUCGGAAGUAUUGUCCAUUUUCACCACGCUGUCCUGCUUCACAUGCGUCGACUUCAAAAGCGUCACAUGAAGCACAAUCAUAUAUCUCCGCGUGACUACUUGGAGUUCAUUCGUCACUUUGUGUCGCUCUAUUCUGAAAAGCGUGCCCAGCUAGAGGAUCAGCAGCUCCACUUGAACGUUGGUGUGCAAAAACUGCAGGCUACCCAUGGGCAAGUGGCAGAGCUACAAGGUCAGCUCAGUAUCAAAGAGAAAGAGCUUAGAAAAAAAGACAUUGAAGCUAACGAAAAGCUUCAGCAAAUGGUGCAGGAGCAGAACGAGGCGCAAGAAAAAAAGAAAGACGCAGAGGCUCUUGCGGUUGAUCUCGCAAGCAAGGACGAGGAGAUCCGCACAAGGAAAGAAGUUGUUGAGGCCGAUCUCGCUCUAGCCGAGCCUGCGCUUUUAGAUGCUCAAGCGUCCGUGAACUCGAUACGUAAGGCGCAGCUCGAUGAAAUUCGAGCACUCGCACGGCCUCCUGCUGCUGUCCGUAUGACCAUGGAGGCUGUCGCAGUGAUGCUUGGCGAGUCCAGCCUGGAGUGGGCUGACUUGCGUCGCUUCAUUCGAAAGGACGAUUUCAUCUCUCAAGUUGUUCACUUUGAUUCUGAAAAGCUGACAGCUCGCCAGCGACACACCAUUAAGAUUAAUUACGUUGACAAGGUUGACGAAUUCGACUACGAAAAGGUCAAUCGUGCAUCGAAGGCGUGUGGUCCGUUGUACAAGUGGAUCGUGUCACAGCUCAGCUACACAAAUAUCCUGCACAAGAUCCAACCGCUACGAGAUGAGGUGCAGACACUGGUUGACAAGUCAGUCGAUCUGCGCGCGAGAUACGAGCAGGCCAAAACGACUAUUGAUGCGCUCGAGAUCCGAAUCGAAAACUUGAAGCACGAAUAUGCGGCGUUGAUUAAUGAGGCACAACUAAUAACCAACGACAUGGCUUCGGUAUCCAAAAAAGUAGAGCGUUCUGUUGCGCUGCUGGAAAGUUUGUUACAAGAAAGUGAACGAUGGGAAGCCGGCUCGAACGACUUUGACACCCAGAUGAAGACGCUCGUGGGAGACACACUGUUGUCCUCUGCUUUUUUAACAUAUAUCGGUUUCCUUGAUUUCCAGCAACGAAAGAUUCUGGUUCAAGAUUGGCGCGAUAUUUUGGACUCAAUGGGUAUCGGCACGAAACCUCAGUUGAGCUUCGUAGACUACCUGUCGCGUCCAAACGAACAAUUGGAGUGGCAGAUGAGCGGUUUGCCCUCAGACGAGUUGUGUUACGAAAAUGCCAUCAUUUUGCAACGCUUCCAUCGCUUCCCACUAAUUGUAGAUCCAUCUGGGCAAGCGAACAAUUUCAUUAUGAAGUAUUGUAGUCUCACGACCAAUACGAAGAUCGCUCAGACUUCGUUUCUGGAUAGCUCGUUUAUGAAGGUGUUGGCUAGUGCAAUUCGCUUUGGUACAGCUCUGUUGGUUCACGAGGUAGAGAACAUUGAUCCAAUCCUGAACCCCGUCUUGAAUCGAGAGCUUUACAAAACGGGUGGGCGUGUUUUGAUUCGUCUCGCAGGAGAGGAAAUCGACUACUCUCCGGAUUUUCGACUCUUCUUGAUUACAAGAGAUCCGUCGUGUCGUUUCUCACCCGACGUUUGCAGUCGUGUGACUUUUGUCAAUUUUACAGUCACGCCGAGCUCUUUAGAAAGUCAGGGAUUGAGCAUUCUGCUCAGAAGCGAGCAACCCGAAGCGGAGGAAAAGCGCAAUAAUCUACUAAAACUGCAGGGUGAAUAUCAAGCGAAGCUGCGUGAGCUGGAGGAUUCUCUGCUGCAGCAAAUCAAUAACGUGCAGGGCAAUAUAUUGGACGAUGAUCGCGUCAUCAAUGCUUUGGAAAGCAUGAAAGCAGAAGCUGCCCAUAUUACACAGCAAGUGAUAGAAACAGAAUCCACCAUGGCGAUUGUGGAGGCAGCUACAAAUCGCUACCGUCCACUCGCGAGGGCAAGCUCACGGUUAUUUUUUGCACUGGAAAACUUAUCAUCGGUCCACUUUCUGUAUCAAUAUUCGCUCGACUUCUUCCUCUCACUGUUGUCCAGGGUAUUGUCCCAGCCAAGUGAAGGGGGAGAAUCGGCGCGUCUUACCAGUAUUUCUACUGGGCUCUUCGUGCAGCUUGCUCGACGCGUGAGUAGAGGUCUUGCUGAAAAUGAUAAACUGAUGUUUGCGCUCCGUCUAUCCCAGAUUUAUCUGGAGCUCGAGCAGCAAAGCACAGCAGUUACAGGCGUGAAGAUGUCUGGAGAUGAUGACUUUGCUUUUGACGGGCCUACCGAUGAGGACGUCAACUUGCUGCUCGGAAGCGGUUCAAAUGUCCCUAACUACGAAAUUGCUCAGCGCACAGAGCUUGAACAGAUGAUGCCAGCUUUCUCGAAGACUGAGAUGAAUCAAUUGAUACGAUUGAUGAAAUUGUCAACGUUCAAGCAUUUAGAGACGCAUGUGCGUGAUCAUGCAGCUGAAUGGAACAUCUUUAUUGAGACUCCUCUGGCUGAGGAGACCCUUCCAGUAGACUGGGACGCACAGUACGCAAUUUCUUCAGCAAGGCCUCGUCUCGCUGCAUUUCGAAACAUGAUAAUUAUUCACUAUCUACGACCCGAUCGGAUCAUGUUUGCGUCUGAGCGAUACAUCGAGCUGGUGUUCACAGCUUCAUUUCCGUGGCGUGGCGACAUUGAGCUCUCUAAGAACGUCGAAGAUGACACUCAAGCAGCACGUGGUGUGCUUUUGUGUUCAACGACGGGAUUCGACCCAAGCGCUCAGAUCGAUGAGCUUGCGGCUGCCCAGCGAAAGAAAUAUAACUCAGUGUCCAUGGGCUCAUCCGAGGGUUUUGACGCAGCCGAAAAAGGUUUGAACACAGCCUUGAAGCACGGCUCUUGGCUAUUGCUUCGCAAUGUACAUUUAUGCCCAUCCUGGCUUGUAAGUGUGGAGAAGAAGCUCUACAAUGCGCGAGAAAGUGUUCACCCGAACUUUCGUCUCUUCCUGACAAGCGAGAUCAACCCGAACUUGCCAGUAAAUCUCGUGCGCAUGUGCGAUGUCUUUGUGUUCGAGCCGCCCAGCGGUAUGAAAAUGAGUAUGAUUCGAACGCUUGACACGGUGACAGCUGAGCGUAUGAACUGCUCACCAGCUGAACGGUCUCGGCUGUAUUUGCUGCUCGCUUGGUUUCAUGCGUUGGUGCAUGAGCGAUUACGCUUUGUACCUAUCGGUUGGUCUAAAACAUACGAGUUUAGUCAAUCUGACUUUCGUGGCGCUUGCGAUGUGAUUGACCGCUGGGUCGACUCUGUGGCCUGUGGCCGUGCCCACGUCGCCCCUGACAACAUCCCGUGGACAGCGAUCCGAACGACACUGAAGGAAUCCGUCUAUGGUGGUCGUGUGGACAACACGUUUGAUCGGGAAUUAAUGGAUACGCUUUUGGAACACGUUUUCACGGCGGCCGGCUACGAGAACACCUUCGAGCUCGUUGCUUCUGAUGAUGGCAAGGAUAAUGGACUGGUGAUUGCAGAGGGGAAGACUAAGACACAGUUUAUGGAGUGGAUCCUGGCUCUUCCCGCCACCAACCCACCUUCAUGGAUGGGUCUUCCUCGCUCGGCCGAAACGAUGGUGCUUAUCAGUCAUGGUGUGCGCAUGCUGCGUAAUUUGCAGAUAAUGCAAGACUUUUACGGAAGCGACAGUGGGGACGAUGACACUGGGGCAGAUGAGGAUAGCAAGAUGGUUCUAGGCACUGCUACUGGAGAUGGCGAAGACAUGCGCCCCAAGUGGAUACAAGACCUGGACUGCCGUAUUGGCGUGUGGCUCUUGUUAUUUCCCUCAGAAGAAGAGCUCCUUGUGCAUACUGUGCGCGAUUCGGUGCACUUUGGCAACCCAGUCUAUCGCUGCAUGUUCCGUGAGUUAGAGCUCGGCGGGAAAUUCCUGGACGACGUGGGUGGCUUGUUACGUACGGUACAGCAAGUAUGUGCUUACAAGGCCAAGCCUUCGAAUGAAGUACGAGAGGCGAUGGGUACGCUAUAUCGCGAGCAGGUGCCUGAGCGAUGGAAACAGCUGUACCGUGUCUCCGCUGAGCUAAGCUUGAGUGAGUGGCUCACAGACUUCUCUAGACGCAUACACCAGCUGAAGGAAUUAGCACAGGUUGCUCCAACAGAUAUUCUGCAAAAACCCGACGGUGUUUGGCUGGGCGGAUUCUUUUCGCCUGAGGCUUUUGUGACAGCCGCCCGUCAAAGCGCUGCUGCGGAUCUUGGGUGCUCGCUUGAUGAGCUUCAUCUGCUUGCCAAUGUGGACGACUCCUCGGCUUCAUCAAGUAGUGGUUUUACUGCUCGCGGACUAUUACUCGAGGGCGCCACUUGGGACUCCACCGGUUUUGCGCCGUCAGACCAAAUCCGGAACAGCUUGCCAGCUUUGCGUCUUUGUUGGACACGUCAAUGUGUGGAAACAAACAACCUUCGACUGCUACCAGUGUACUCGAACGGCAAACGCGAAACUCUGUUUUUCUCCGUGGCGGUGGAUGCUGGUGGUGAUUCCGCAUUCUCUCGAACCAAGUGGGUGCAGCGCUCGGUCGCACUUGUGCUAUGGGAGUUUCAGGCCUAG